AUGGGCAAACUCCAAGAAACGCUCGCAGAUUUUAAUCUAGCACUAGACAAUAAUCCAAAAAAUACCUUAACAUUGACUAAUCGUGGAGAUCUUUAUCGACAAAUGGGGAGAUACGAUGAAGCAAUUAUUGAUCUAAAUGAAUCUUUGAUUAUCAGAUCAGAUAAUACAGAGGUAUUAAAUAAUAAUGAAACAAUUCCCAGUCGAUUUGGAACUUGUGAAAAAUGCAAACGGUUUAAUUCUGGA